CAUACAUGCACACACACCUGAAGAUGCAGCAGGCUCACACUCUACCUGUCUCUGCUCUAACAUGAGCACAUUCCUCAAUAUUUAACAUUUUGGAGGACUUGGAAAGGGCCAUGAUGAGACUCACCUGCCCUGUGUGGAUGCUAGGGCUGAUUCUGGCAGGCGGUUUGUCCGUGGAGGACGUCAGCCGGUGUGAGCAGCACUCGUGUCAAAACGGCGGCGUGUGUGAGAGCCACGACGGAGCGUCCCGAUGCCGCUGCUCGCUGGAGAGCCAACGUGGACGCCUGUACGGGGGCCAGAACUGCACGGUGGAGCUGUCGGGCUGCGACGAGAGCGAGUGUGAGAACGGGGGGAUAUGCUCCCCCUUGUUGGUGAACGAGCAGCACUCUCACACCUGCAUCUGCCCCAAGGGCUUCACGGGCCCCGAGUGCCACACCUCCACCGUCUUCUCCUUCGAGUCCAGAGGUCACAUGUCGGUAGACGCGCAGCAGCUGGACCCGGAGACUCCUCUCAGGGUGACGCUGAGCUUCAGGACGGACGGAGCGACGGGGACGCUGUUCCAGCGCCGAGUGGACGACCUGGUCCUCAGCGUGGAGCUGAGGGACGGCCGCCUCUGCCUGCUCAGCCGGAGAGGUCAGGGCUCCGGCACGCUGGUCCAGCAGCUGCCGGACUUCCUGUCCAACAGCCGGUGGCACACGGUGGAGGCGUCGCUGGGCGGCGUGGUCAGCCUCAUCAAGCUGCUCUGCAGCGAAGGAAACUGCACCACGGACUCCAGAGGAGAGCCGCAGCCGGUUGAUCCGGUCACCGCCGCCCCUGGACCGGGAACCCGGAGCCAGAGCCUGGUGAUCGGGGCGGUCGGGGGGGGACCUGAGGACGAGGCGAGCGGCCCGCCGGCCUUCCUGGGCUGUUUCAGGGACGUGUUGGUGGACUCGCACCUGGUGCUGCCUGGGGAAGUGCUGCAGGCCGCCGGCGCCGGGGCCAACGUCACGCUGGGCUGCAGCGACAGGGACCCGUGUGACGACGGGCCGUGUCAGAACCGAGGCCGCUGCGUGAGCCGGGGCUGGAGGAGGCACGUGUGCGAGUGCCACCGGCCCUAUGAGGGGCCCAGCUGUGGAGACGAGUACAUCACCGCCAGGUUUGGAAACCAAGACCUGGAGAGCUACGCCAUCUUCUCGUUGGACGAGGAGCCCAGCGAGACGGUGCUCAUCUCCAUGUUCCUUCGCACCAGGCAGCCCAGCGGCCUGCUGCUCGUCCUGACCAACAGCACCAGCCAGUACCUGCGCCUGUGGCUGCAGGCCGGCAGGGUCAAAGUUCAGAUCAACAACUUUGAGACCCUGGUUGGCCAGAACGCGGUGAGCGACGGCCAUUUCCACCUGGUCACCGUGAGGCUGGAGGGAACCACGGCCACUCUGCUGCAGUCCACCCAGACCCAGGCCUCCAUGGCCAUCAGGCACGUCCACGUCCAGGCCGGGGAUGCCGUUUUCGUCGGGGGCCUGCCGGACUCGAGGGCUUCCUCGUCAUUCGGAGGUUACUUUAAAGGAUGCGUGCAAGAUCUGAGGAUCAACGGCAAACGGCUGCAGUUUUAUCCAAUAGCGUCUCCGGUGGACUCGGCCAGCCCAGAGCAGCUCACCUUCGUUGCAGAGGGAUGCAGCAGUGACAACGCCUGUGCUGCCGACCCGUGUCUCAACGGAGGGGAGUGCUACUCCAUGUGGGACGACUUCAUCUGCAGCUGCCCGCCCAACACCGCGGGCCAGCGCUGCGAGGAGGUGAGGUGGUGCGAGCUGUCCCCCUGUCCCGCCACGGCCGUGUGCCGGCCCUACUCCCAGGGCUUCGAGUGUUUGUCUAAUGUGACCUUUGGACCUGAGAGCAGCGUUCUGCAUUACCAUAGCAACGGCCAGGUCAAGAGGAGCAUCGCCGGCGUCUCCCUCAGCUUCCGCACCAGACAGCCUGCCGCCACGCUGCUUCAUGCACAAAGACGGUCCGACCAGCUCACCGUCUCCCUCCUGGACUCCUACCUGGUGGCGGAGCUCCGGGUCGGGGGCGACGAGGGUUCCCCCAAGGUGACGGCUCGGAGCCGGGCUCCGCUCAGCAACGGAGACUGGCACUCCGUAGAGAUCAGCGUGGAGAACCGGACGCUGCCAUCCAGGUGGAUCAUGGUUGUGGACGGAGUCAGGCAGGACGAGAGCGAGGCCGCCGCCGCCGUGGACGACCUGAACUUCCUGAGAGAGGGCGCGGACAUUUUCCUGGGAGGAGCGGGCGGGGACUCUGGGGUCGGGCUGUCCGGCUGCCUGGGCCCGGUGGAGCUGGGCGGCCUGCUCCUCCCGGUCUACCUGGACACGGAGCUGAACUUCCCCCGGCCUCAGGAGGAGCAGUUUGUGAGGAUGAGCGGCGGUGCCGCCCCCAGCUACGGCUGCCGGGGGGCCAGCGUGUGCGCGCCCAACCCCUGCCAGAACGGGGGCGCGUGCCAGGACCUGUUCCACCUGCAUCGGUGCUCGUGCCCCUCCGACUGGACCGGGCCGCUGUGCCAGGACCCCGCUGACUCCUGCAGCUCCGGCCCCUGCAUCCACGGCUCCUGCAGCGACCUGCCGGGGGGGUACCGGUGUGCCUGCGAGCCCGGCUACGCAGGGCAGCGGUGCGAGGCGGCGGUGGAUAUGUGUGAAAACAACAGCUGCAGCCACGGCGCCACCUGCCUCAAGGGCCUGCAGAGCUACGCCUGUCUCUGCCCCCGCAACAUGACGGGACAGUUCUGCGAUGAGAAAAUCCCUGAAAUCCCCUGGUACAUUGAGACGGAUCCACUCCCUCAGCUGCCCUUCUCUUCAUGUCCGGGUACGAGGUGGAACUACAGCUGCUUCAACGGAGGAAACUGCUCCGAGGACAACACCUGCUCCUGCCUGCCCGGCUUCACGGGACAAUGGUGUGAGAAGGACGUGGAUGAAUGUGCCUCGGACCCGUGCAUGAACGGAGGCUUCUGCAUCAACUACGUCAACAGUUUCGAGUGCGUGUGUGACAUGAAUUACUCGGGGAUCUACUGCCAAAUGGAUGUCAGCGAUUUCUACAUGUACCUUUUCCUGGGCCUGUGGCAGAACCUCUUCCAGCUGGUGUCCUACCUCGUGAUCCGCCUCGACGACGAGCCCGAAAUCGAUUGGGGAUUCCACGUCAAUGAUUAGACAUCUCCUCGUCCAUUUUGAUCGGACUGGACCCAACUCGAUGUAAAAGGUCACACUGGGGUACUUUUGCCCUCCAAACUCUUUUUGUGUUAAUCAGUAACCACGAGUACAUCGAUAAUAGAGCCUUAUCCAUGACUGUGUUCACUUCUGUCACUUCCUGUUGGCUGAUACGACUCCUUAGUCUCUAAUGAAGUCAUUCCUUACGUGUUUUAUUGAUCUCAGCUCAGCGAAAUGUGUUGAUGACGAGUUCACAACAACAGAGACGUAAAAGUGGGAACUACAACAGAGUCAUUGAAGGAAACUCAGAUACCAACUUUAAAUAGAUGGUUUUAUGCACCAGGAUGUAACAAGAAAUCAUCUGGUCCUUCCCAGUACUCGAGUUGUAAAAGAAAAUCAGGGGGGAUGGUGGAUUUUAUCAUAUGGAGACAGAUAAUUUGUGCUGAUUACAAAUAAUAUAAUAUAUUACAAAUAAUAGCAGUGACCAAAACAGCUGCAGAAAUACUGCAGGAAUGACA